UUUGUUAUAAAUUCCUCUGGUGUCUUCCUUUCUCCCUAUUUGCACUUCUUCAGUAUCAGCGAAUCACUCCAUUUUCAACUUUGACACUUUCUCUCACUAAAAUCCACACACACAAAGGAGCUAUUUUUCUGUGUGAAUUUUCCGGCAAAGUUACACAUCAAGAACGGAAAGAAAGAAAUUCUUUUCCUUUUCAUUUUCCCCAUAUAUAAAGUACAAGAACGAGAAUGGUAGAUGUGGACCGGAGGAUGACCGGUUUAAACCCGGCACAUAUUGCCGGCCUACGCCGCCUUUCCGCCAGAGCUGCCGCUUCCGCUCCCUCCACCCCACUUCCGCCGCGCAGCAGCCUCCUCUCAUUUAGUUCUUUAGCGGAUAAAGUCAUCAGCCAUCUCAAGACUUCGGGUAUCCAGGUCCGGUCGGGUUUAUCCGAAGUGGAGUUUGCAUUAGCAGAGGCGGAGUUUGGGUUCGCCUUCCCGCCGGACCUCAAAGCUGUGCUUUCAGCUGGUUUGCCUUUAGGGCCUGGCUUCCCUGACUGGCGCUCGUCAGGUUCAGCUCGCCUGCAACUUCGUGCCUCCAUUGAUCUACCAAUUGCCUCCAUUACUUUUCACAUAGCACGGAAUGCUUUGUGGUCCAAGUCAUGGGGUCCGAGGCCAUCUGAUCCGGAAAAGGCCCUUAAAAUAGCCCGAAACGCCCUCAAACGGGCCCCUCUUCUUAUACCCGUUUUCAACCAUUGUUACAUUCCUUGCAAUCCAUGUUUAGCUGGAAACCCUAUAUUCUAUGUCGACGAAAACAGAAUUUUCUGUUGCGGGUUUGAUUUAUCAGACUUUUUCGACCGCGAAUCUUCACUGUUUCAAGGUCCAGAAAUGAAUAUCCUCUCCAAGCAACGUUCCAUGAGUGAAAAAUCAGCCGGUUCAUCGACAAAUUUUUCCAGAAGAAGUCUGGAUACAGUUUUUGGCGGAAAAACACCAAGAUGGGUGGAGUUCUGGAGCGACGCCGCCAUAGAUCGCCGUCGGAGGAACUCAAAUUCAUCAUCCUCAUCUUCAUCAUCACCAGAAAGGUACUUCGAAAUGCCAAGAUCGAAGAUCCCCAAUUGA